ACUCACCCCACCCAACUACCAAGACCCAACUCUAAAACCCUAACCCUAGGGCCUAGCUCUUAUUCAUUCCAUUUUCCAUUAUUCACGGUUAAACUUCUUAAACCCUAAUUUCUUCUUCCUUUCUCUCUCAUCUCCAUCUAUGGCGCCCCCUGGAAGAGGAGGAAGAGGCGGUUUCGGAGGACGUGGAAGAGGAGAUGGUGGAGGUAGAGGACGAGGUGGUGGUGGCCGAGGAUUCGGCGUACGAGGAGGUGGUCGUGGAGCUAGUGGCGGUCGUGGUAGAGGAGGAGGUGGUCGUGGUGGCAGAGGUGGAAGGGGAGGUUUCAAGGGUGGUGCCAAAGUGAUGGUAGAGCCUCACAGACAUAAGGGUGUUUUUAUUGCUAAGGGUAAAGAAGAUGCUCUUGUAACUAAGAAUAUGGUGCCUGGUGAUUCUGUUUACAAUGAGAAGCGUAUCUCUGUUCAGCAAGAAGAUGCAACAAAGAUUGAAUACAGGGUCUGGAACCCUUUUAGGUCAAAGUUGGCAGCUGCUAUUCUUGGUGGUGUUGACAAUAUCUGGAUUCAACCGGGUGCACGGGUCUUGUAUCUUGGUGCUGCUUCUGGUACUACUGUGUCACAUGUUUCAGAUCUCGUUGGCCCUGAAGGCGUUGUUUAUGCAGUUGAAUUUUCACACAGAAGUGGUAGAGAUUUAGUUAACAUGGCAAAAAAAAGAACUAAUGUCAUUCCUAUCAUUGAAGAUGCUAGGCAUCCGGCCAAGUACAGGAUGUUGGUUGGCAUGGUUGAUGUAAUCUUUUCUGAUGUUGCCCAACCUGAUCAGGCUAGAAUUAUGGCACUCAAUGCAUCAUAUUUCCUAAAAACAGGGGGCCACUUUGUUAUAUCAAUCAAGGCUAACUGCAUUGAUUCAACUAGUCCAGCCGAGGCAGUAUUUGCAGCAGAAGUGAAGAAGCUACAACAAGAGCAGUUCAAGCCGAUGGAGCAGGUCACUCUUGAGCCAUUCGAGCGCGACCAUGCUUGUGUUGUGGGUGCUUACCGUGUGCCCAAGAAGCAGAAGAAUGCCGAGAAGUAGGGCACUCUAGUUCUUUCAUCAUAAGUUUAUUUAGUAUAGGUUGCAAUUUCCGUCAACUAUUUGUACAAAUUAGUUGAAUCAGGUGAGACAUUGGCGAAGUGUUAUUUUGAUGUAGUUGGAUCAUAAGUCGUAGAAUUUUUCGCAUUAAGAGUAUUUCUUAACUUUGCUUAACCUUUUUUUUUGUGUACCACUUUCUAUAAUGAUUUGGUAUGCAUCUGAUUUUUCAAUUCUCAGAUGCGUAUUCAUUCUCUAUUA